AUGAUACCAAUGUUGGCGGAAAGCUACACUGAUUUCUUCGGUGAUCUAAACGACAUUGGCAUAACGCAUCCCGAAGUCUACUAUUGUAAGUUAUGAGACACAAUAAAAUUGGUUUUUUAAAAGUUUUUUUAAAGAUUUAGUUGUUCAAAAAGUAAUGAGCUACCAUUUUAUUCAAAAAGUAUUGAGCUAUGAGAUUGGUCAAAAAGUAAUAAGCCACGACUCAUAGCUAAUUUUCACACAUUAUAAACCUAAAAUUAUAGAGGGCGUAUUUUACAAUAAUUUUUAAAAAAAUUACAAAACAAUUUCAGCCUUAAUCUCAGUACUAAACUAUUUUUGUUCGUUUUUGUGCUUCACCUAUUCCAUGCAUCGCUACAUCAAUUGGCUGUUAAAUUGCCAUUAUCAACCACUGUUAUCAGCCAAACAUUUGAAGAAGAAUGACAUGAUGUCGUCUUUGUCAUCAGCACCAUCAGUACCAAACAUUCAAUAUUUGAGCUUGAAGAAGGUGCCUGAGAGUGAUAGUAAGUUUUUAUUUUAUUUUAGUUCAAAGUACUUGAUAGUACUAUGUAACGUAUAACAGUAUUGUCGAUCUUUUACUUUUUUUUUGUGAGUUGUAACUAAUCAAAGAUAAGGUAAAAUACGGAGAUAAUGUUCUAGCCACUUUUAAAUUUUUUUGAAAUUUUUUUAAAAUUUUUUGAAUUUUAAAAUUUUCUAAUUUUAGAAAACUGGGUAUACUCUCACUGGAACUUUAAUUUCUUCGCCACACAAGGAGAAAGAAAGACGAUGGAAGACAGAAUGGGCUAUCUUCAUGAUUCGCUGAAGAACCGAACUAUGUUUACUGUGUUUGAUGGUCAUGGUGGAGCUGUAAGUCUUAUAUUAGUUUGUUUAAAUAAUUUUGUGCUCUUCUCAAAGCAAAUUUUCGGUUAAGCGGCACAUAAUUACCUGAACAACAUAAUAGUAAAACACGAAAUGUCAAAAAUUUCUUAAAAUAUUGAAAGGCUAAAGCCAACUUUGUUUAUUAUUUUUUAAUUUUUUAAAAUAAAUUUGUAGUUUUUCUUAUCUAAAAUCAAGAUAACCAUGUUUCAGUACGUUUCCGAGUUCCUGGAACGAAAGUUCAACAACACAGUGGUGGCAGCGAUCGCAGAGGAAGAAGAACGUUUGGACGUGGAACAAUUGGAUUGUCUGAGCACGGGACAAGUGAUCAAAGAAAUCACAACCAAACUGGACGAGGAGCUCAUGAAAAAGAAAAUGAAAACUGUCAAUUAUACUGGUAAGUCCAAUAGUUUUAAAAAUAUUUUUUGAUGGUCUACUACAAUAUCUGAAUGUUUCUUUUUCGAUCUCGAAAAUCAAUUUUCAUAAAUACACGUUUUUGGUAUCAUUAUAAUUGUGUUUUCAUGCUGAUUUUAAAAAAGUUUAAAGAUGAUUAGAAUUAUGUACUGUUUCAAAAGAUGUAGCUCGAAACGUGGUUCAAAACCACUUUUUUGAAGAAGGUAUCUUGAAGAAGAUUAAAUUGAUUUCAAGGGCUUAGAAGAUCUUUUAAUUUAGUGAAGCGUUUAUAGUAGGAUAAUACUGAAUAGCAGCUUUAAUUUAAGCUCAAGUUUUACUAGGUUUUUGUGUUUUAUCAAUGAGAAAAUAUUCAUCAAAGUUAACAAGGUCUUCUUUUCUUGAGGUUUUUAAACUUUCUUUUUACUGUGUCGUUUCCUUUAUCAACCCUAUUUUAUCUACUUUUCUAACUUCAACAUUUUGCUUUUAGUUCUUUAAGUAGGCUUUUACAAUGCUGUUACACGUACUAUAACAUAGUAACUAGUAAUGUUUAACCUUUAAUCGACUGUUCCAAAUGUUUUGACGUCUCUUUUCGUUGUCAAUCAUUUGGGGCCAAUUUGUCAGUGCCAAUUGAUCGAACGGUGUUGGUCUUCUUUAAAUCAAAAAAUGGUUAUCUAAUGGAAUUGUUAACUAAUUGCUCUUAAAUUUUGUUAAAAGUUGGGUCUUCAUUUUAAGGUUUUUAACUUAGUUUUUUAAUUUUUUAAAAAUAUUUGUAAAAAUUUUUUUAAACUAAAAUUUUUUUUAGGAUCAACAUUGUUAUCAGCAUACAUUCAUCAAAACAGAUUCUUGACCAUAAUCAACGUUGGCGACUCGAGAGCUGUUGGUUGUGACAUUGACGGGAACUGCGUGGUAUUGUCUACUGACCACAAGGCUGAUAAUGUAAGGAUUUUUGGGGCCAUACUAGAGAAAGCACCCAACAUAAUAAAGGCACCCACUAAUGGUUUAAAGCACCCAGCAAUCUGUAUUCAAAUUUUAUCAUUAUGAAACGUGGCGGUUUUGAAGAGCGGUGUAGAAGUGUCCAAUUCGUGAAUGGCGAUUGUUGUAGCGAAAACUGAAAAAAAUAUAAUAAGGUGCACGGCUACUGUAACUAGAUAGUUGGCAACUAUAACUAGAUGGUUGGCUACUGUAACUAAAUAAUGGGCUACUGUAACUAAGAAAUGGGCUACUAUAACUAGAUAGUUGGUUACUGUAACUAGAUGGUUGGCUACUGUAACUAGAUAGUUGGCCGCUGUAAAUAGAUAGUUGGCUACUAUAACUAGUUAGUUGGCUUUUGGCUACUGUAACUAAAUAAUGGGCUACUGUAACUAGACAGUUGGCCGCUAUAAAUAGAUAGUUGGCUACUAUAACUAGUUAGUUGGCUGUUGGCUACUGUAACUAAAUAAUGGGCUACUGUAACUAGAUAGUUGGCCGCUAUAAAUAGAUAGUUGGCUACUAUAACUAGUUAGUUGGCUUUUGGCUACUGUAACUAAAAAAUGGGCUACUGUAACUAAAUAGUAGGCUACUAUAACUAAACAAUGGGCUACUAUAACAGGAUAACAUUAAUACUAUGGUAAAAUCAAACGUAUUCUUCAAGUAAAUACUAAAUUCUUACCUGUUAUCCAUCUGUAUAGCAUAGUAAAAGUCUUCAUAAACUCGAUAGAAGAUGACUUCUUUGAAGGUGGUUGAUCUUGGCCUAGGUUGUCAGGUAGUCGAUGGAUCCAUGAUCACCACGGUCAGAUUCCAUGCUGACCCGACCGUCUCACGCAGUCGAUAAAAUAUGAAUGACCGUUUUCAAAAAAGGAAAAACAACAAAAUGAAAUUGCAAGAUUAUGCAAAAUUUGAAUACUUUUGGGUGCCUUAAAUAGGAUAAAAAUUGGGUGCUUUCAUUAGUAAUACUGGGUUAUUUCUUUAGAGUAGCGCCGGAUUUUUUUAUAUUGUUUGGUAUGGUAUAAUACGUUGUUUGUAGAUUUGUAAAUUUUAAAAAGAUAAAGGUUAUAAAAUAAAAAAUCUCAGGCGGGUAACGUAGGAUAGGUCUGAGGGCAAGGCAAGGCCAGACAAGGCAAGGCAAAGACAGGCAUGGCAUGGCAAGGCAGGCUAAGUUAGGCUAUGAGACUCUAGAGCAAUGACAAGGGCUACAAGUCAAACAGACCUUUUCACCGUUCCAAGUUUGGGUUAAAACGGCGUAUUUUACCCAACCGUUCCGACUGAACCCAUAAGGAAGAGGCAUCAUGUCAGUUGUGUGUCACUGUAAUUACUUUGACGAUUAUACGCUGGGAUUGUGGCGGCGGAAGCCCAAAGCUUGACACUUCCUGUUGGCAUUUGUUUCACUUUUUCGGUCGACUUUUUGCCAUAAAUUACCCGCAAAUACAAACAAUGACAUUAUUUUUGGACGUGCAGUGGGGGGUCGUUAUUGUGUUUCUAAUUUUUUGUUUUUUUAGGUCAUUUUAGGUUAAAAAGUUUCGAAAAUUUUUAUUAAAAAAUUUAAAAAAAUAAAACUUUUAAAAAUGACAUUUCAAUAUUCUUUAACCCCUCAAAAGCAACUGGCAAUAUUUUGUGCUUAAUCCUAUGCCGUUUGUACUAUUUUGGACCUUGUAAUGCCUGUUGACUGACAACAUUCCACUGCCAUAUUAUAUGAACAUGUUUUCGUGCUAAACUCCUCGUACUUAUACGUACAGGAUUGUAUGUUUAUUAUUUGUCCUAGCGGUAUAACUCAGCUUCUCGAGUGGUUUGAAAUGGGAUUCGAGGAAGUGACGUUCGCGGUCACAACCUCAGCGUUAAUCGCUUCAAUUAGGUUUUGAAAAUGUUAUGAUGGAGGGUGUUGGGAGGGGUGGUUUUUGGGGAGGUUGGGGGAAAAAAGAGGGUAGUUAAUAAAUUUUUAAGGAUAUGGUCAAAAAGCAAAAACAGUUUCUGAGCUUUAGUUCUAAUCCAAGUCCUAGCCAAAGUUCUAGCCAAAACCGUGGCCAAUGUUGUAGUCCUAGCCUUAUCCCUAGCCAUAGCUUUAGCCUUAGCUUUAGCCUGAGCCUUAGUUUUAUUCUUAGUUUGAGCCUAGCUUAGUCUUAGCCUUAGCCUUAGCUUUAGCCUUAGUUUUAGCCUUAGCCUUAGCCUUAGCUUUAGCCUUAGCUUUAGCCUUAGCUUUAGCUUUAGUUUUAGCCUUAGCCUUAGUCCUUGUUGUAGCCUUAGCACUAGUCGUAGUCCUAGUUUUAACUCUGGCCCUGGUCUUAGCCUAAUCUUAGCUUUAGCUCUAGCCCUAUCUCUAGCCUGAGCUCUGGUUUUGAUUGUAGCCCUAUCUCUAGCUUUAGUUUUGCUCUAGCGCUAACCCGAGCUUUGGAUCUAUUUGUGGUUCUAGCUCUAGCUUUGGGUAUAGCUCAGGCGCUUAGUUAACUUUUUUAUAGGUAAUUAUAAUUUUUUGUUAAGUUUAACAUUUUUGAAACAAAAUUUUAAAAAUUUUAUUUUUACUAAAACUUUUAAAAAAAUAAUUAUGUCAUUUAGUUCACAAUGACAGUUGUUUUUUCCUUGAUUAAAUGGCACUUGAAUUGUGGCACUGUUUGUUUCGAAUAAUUUGUUUCUUUUGUUUUCAGCCAGAAGAACGCGAACGAGUGGAGAGAGCCGGCGGAUUCGUCGAGUUUUACGGUGUUCAGAGAGUUCAAGGCGUGCUGGCCGUUUCAAGGUAG